AUUGAUUUGUGUCGUCAUAAUCAAAUGUCACAUGAUAUGAUCAUGUCCAUUUUCUUUGUUGAUGAUCUUUCAAUUACGUUCUUCAUAUAGGUGUGAAAAAUAGACAGAUACACAGAUAGACAUGUUGAAACAAGAUUGAUGAGGACUUUAAAGAGACGUGUGUAAACUGGUGUAUAACACAUCAGGACGGAAUGGAGGGAAGAGAAGUGAAAACUCUAGUCUUCUUUGACUUAGAAACUACUGGUUUCACCAAACCACGAAUCACAGAGUUGAGCAUGAUGUCCGUCCAAAGAGAAGAUCUCCUGACUACAGUCGGUACACCAAGAGUAGUCAACAAAGUAACUUUAUGUGUUAACCCACAGAGGUAUAUGGAACCAGAGGCAUCCAGAAUUACAGGUUUGUAUAAUGACAAUUUAGAAGACCAGACUCCAUUUGAUUCAAGUGUUACUGACACAAUACAUAAUUUUUUGAAUAGACUGCCAUCACCAGUCUGCUUAUUGGCACACAAUGGUAACACAUAUGACUAUCCACUUCUCUUGAAAGAAUUGCUACGAUGUGGUAAAAUUUUAUCACCAGAACUUCUGUGUGCAGAUUCCCUCAUUGCGUUUAAAGAUUUGGAUGGGUAUGUUCAUCCAGGUGAGAAACCAAAAUCAUCGGAUGGCUCUUCAUCCCAGCCAACAUCAAGGGUGACAACUCCAUUGGACUCACUCUUGCAGACUACAGAUUUAUCGCAGUCUUUAAAUUUAAACAGGAAGACACCUCUAGGUCAGCCUAUUCCUGAAACAACUUGUUCAAAUAUGAAGGAAAAGGUAAGACAGUUAAAACGAAAGUGUGAUGCUAGUUUUGACCGCGGACCAAUUGAGGCUAAGGCUGUUAGGAAACGUUUGUUCCAGUCAGACCCAAUCGAUAUAGCAAGUUUAAAUAAAGAGGUCAAGUCAGAGAGUGGUAAUAGAAACUUUGCUGGUAGCAAACCAUCAACACUUGAAAAACUAGUCAGUGCUAAACGAUUUAAACCAGAAGUUGAAACUGUCAAAAAACGAUUAAAUUUUGACUCGGAUGAUGAUGAUGAUAGUACAGAUUCUAGUCUUAAUUGUAGCACUGAUUAUGAAAUGUUGGAACGUAACAGUGCAAUAAAUGGACAUGCAAUUGAAGAAAAAUCAAAUUUUACAUGUGAUUUUAAUAAAAACUUGAAGCAAGGACCAACUUCAUAUUUUUCUAACCUCGAUUCUCAGGGCAGUUUGAAAGAUGAAGAUCUAGUGAAUGCGAUAGAACAAGUAGAAAAUAAAGUGCCAACAUUUGGAAUGGAUGGCCUUGAAAGUCCAACCCACUGCCAAAAUUUUAUUGAUGUUCCAACAACUAGCAAUGCUAUCUGUGUAACUCCUAAAAAAGGGGAGAUUAUACAUGUAGAUAUUCAAACAACAAAUGAAACAACACCAGUGAAAAAUACUCUACCAGUCAAGUCAGAGUUGAAGUACACACCAGUUACUCAAUUAGCUAGAUUUACCGAAAAAGUUCAACUUAACACACCAAAGUCUUCAAGGAUGAACGAACAGUUAAAACAGUUAAGUGCUGGACCUUCUGCAAGUGUAGGUAAUCACCCGUCAUCAUUUAGUGCUUUCGUAACAGCUAGUUAUAGCAACACAACAACUGUUAAUUCAAGCGCGUUUGGUGUUCAGAAGAGAGUGUCUUAUAGUUUGACAAACAUUUAUAAACGUACUUUUGGAUGCGAACCAGCAAUAUCUCACACUGCAGAAGAUGAUUGUAAAGCAUUAUUGCAGUGUGUAAAACGUAAAUCUCCAGACUUUAUACGAUGGGUUGAUAGGAACUCUAUUUUGUUAUCCAAUUUGCAACCGAUGAGUUGAUGAGAUAUUUUGUUAAGAUUUAUAGGAAAUUUUUUUGUAUUUUUUUAAAUGGUUGAGCCAUAAAAGUUGUUGAUGUAUUGUUUUUAUGCCCCCGCCGUAGCGGAGGGGGCAUUAAUUUUCCUUCAAAUUUUACAUCGUUGAUAUUCUAUAUACAUUUUGUAUAUGUUGUUUUUUUUUAUAACAAAAUGUACACAUAUAUGUUGAAUUCUCUGCAUGCUAUUUUUCUAGACAUAUUAAAGGAAGACAGGUACAUACAUGUAGUAUGCAGAUUUAUCCUGCAAUUGACCAUUUUAGUGAUUUUGAUAUAAACUUGUGAGAUAUUCAUUUACAUGUAAUACAAUGUAUACCAAUAUUUCCUACAACAUGUACGUGUAUCCUACUUCUUUAUUAUUAGAAAUCAUGAUACUUAUCUCACAGUGAUUGAGGUAAAAUUUAUUUAGUUCAUUAUAGAUUCCUCUUUGUGGUUCAACUUCCAAGUCUUAAGUAAUGUAGAUUUAUAUUUAAAAAAAAACAAUGGAAGGGAAUUAUACAUGUUAUAUGAAACAAUAAACAUACUACAUACUACAUGUAUGUCAGAAAAUAUAUAAUUUAUUUGUACUUAUUUCAAAACUCAAGAAAAAGUUGUUGAGCCAUACAUAACAGUUUACUUCUUGUUUCUAAAGAUCUAACAACAAUUGUUGUAUUUUAUUUUUUAUAUAGUGUUCAUUAUAAAUCACAUUAAUUGAGAUUUUUUUAAUACAGUUUCACUGAAGAUUUUUAUUUAAAAAUGACAUGAAAUCUGAAUGUACACAUAUUUAUUGAAACCAUGGAUGUAUUAUCUAUGUUACUUCCAUGUUGAAACAUAUGUUUUUUUUAGUGUUUAUGCACAUUUUUAUUAGAUUUAAAAGCUUGACCAUAUUGAUUUGGUUUUUUUUAAGAGCUCUUGUUUGGUUUUUUCUAUUGUUGAUUUUUUUCACAACACAUCAUUUUUCAGGUCUAACAUACAUACUUAAAGAGCACUUUUUCAUGCAUUUAGAGAGUGAAGAGUUUGUCCAAUACAAUUUACAGUAGUAUAGUGCAUCGGACAGUAGUGUGCAUCACAUGCAUUUAUUCCUAUAUUUCUGUAAUUUAUAACACAGUUUAAAAAUUGGCAUUGAGAGAAAAUUUAUGACGGUUAUAUUUUACUUACACAAAAGAGACAUUGGACCUUCAUUAUUAAACCCUUAUGAAGUAAAGUUUUAUGAAUGACUGGAAUAAAACAUUUUUUAGAUUAAAAAUAUUUAUUGCUAAAAUCCUAGAUUUAAAAUUUAAUAACCAUCAAAUAAGAAAUAAGCUUUUGGUUCUUUUAUUUGCAUAACUUUAAGGCAAGAUUAAACAAUAUAUCUAUCAUUUUUUUUAUGGGAUUGAAAACUUUGUUAUGAUCAGCAUAUUUUGUUAAAGUUGAAAGGGGAGAUAACUACAUCAGGUCUCAUCACAGCAAGAUCAGUUGUUGAUUUUUACUUUUAUUUGCAUAACUUUAAGGCAAGAUUGAACAAUAUAUCUAUCAUUUUUUUUAUGGGAUUGAAAACUUUGUUAUGAUCAGCAUAUUUUGUUAAAGUUGAAAGGGGAGAAAACUACAUCAGGUCUCAUCACAGCAAGAUCAGUUGUUGAUUUUUACUUUUUAUAUAUAUAGUUUAUACUGAUAUUUGUUACAUCUGUAAAUAUUCAUACUUAUUUAUUAUUUAUAUAUAUUGGUUAGAUUUUAUAUAUAUUGUUAGAGAUGCUUGUUUGUUAUUAUAUAACUGCAUAAAUGUAGAUGUUAUGUACAUCGUUUAUCGUACAUCGAUAUAUUUUGAUUUACAAUUUUCUACUCUACUUACAGUAAUGUUAACUCACAAAUUUUCUAGUUUUUUUUAAAGUUUACUUUUAUUUAAAAAAAAUCAUCUAAUUUUAUUCUUGGUUGAAUUUUUUUCUUCUAGAAUUUAUUUCAAUAAGUUAUAAUUUUAUCCCUGAAUUAAAAAAAAUAUAUACAUUGAUUUUGUUUUAAAAAUGAAAAGAUAUUGAGAUAUAAGAUUUUAUGUAUAUCCUCUGUGGCCCUGUCAUGUCUGUAUCCUUUAGCCAAAUACUUAUCCUGAUUGAUAGUGUUCAUUUUAUAAGAGUGUGAUUUUGCAUUUUUCAGUGGCAUUUAGUUUUCUACAAUUUAGUUUGAGAAUGUUCAUUCAUUAAGAGUUAUAAGCUAUAUAUUUAGCAUGCAUGUCAGAAGAUAAUUUUUUUUUAUAUUUAAAAAAAACAUUUUCCUAUCAAACUACUCUAAAUAUUUAAAUUUUUUUAUAAAACACAAUUUUGGAUACUAAAAAACGCUAAGAUCAAAAGGGGUGACACCACAAUUAGGCAGAACAAAGUAAAAAAAAAAGUUUGAAAAUGUUAAAAUAAUAAUGAUCAAAAAUUAUUACAUAAGACUUAUAGAGUAGAGUUGGUUGACAUUUGACAUUUGAACUUUAACAUUUUCUGGUGUAGUACAUUUAUUUGUAUUAUUUUGAACAACACAUGUACUAAAUGGCAUUGAGUGACAUUUAUCAAAACAAAAGAAAGUAGUAAACUAGUAUGAAAUACUCUCAUGAAUAUGAUGAUGAGAACAAUAGUCCAAGAAUUGUAAAACUGUGAUAACUUACCAAAUAAAAGUAUUUUAUUAUGA